AUUCAAGGUUGGAAUUACACAAGUCAUUGCCACCGACCGCGAUAAGAAAAUUCAAAACAAAAACAGCUGACUUGGCGCUCUUUCAUCAACACAAAUAAACUAGUAUAUGAGUAUAAAAUGACGCAGAAUUCGUCAGAGCUUCUCUCGCUUUCUUCACCUUCCCCCCUCUCCCUCCUCGUCCUCUCUCUCUUACUUACUCUCAACCAAUUUUUUUACCAGUGCUGCUAAUUUUGCUUUUUUCCCGCUAGCUCUGGAAACCAGGGAACUAUAAAAAGUGUUUUGGGGUAAAUUUAGCAUUGAGAAAAGUUGUCAACAUGAAGAGGUUGGUUUGGGAAGAUAUUGCUUACAAAAAUGCACAUCGUAAGAUAUAUUUUGUUCAAAAAUUUGACAGUCGUAGAAUAAAAAAAAUUAACCCAUAAUUAUGACUUCUACUUCAACAAUAAUAGGGGAGAGUUAACAUAAGAUAAUUUACUAGCAAUACAAUUUGAUUAGAUAUUUAGAGAUUGUUUCAAUUGCCGAUUUAGCUUAUUCUAACGCUCUAGAAUUAGGGUACACCACAUCUACUCUCAACCUACUGUCACAUAUUAAGAGAUUGAGAGUACAUAAUGGCUAUCAAAAGAGAAAUGUCAACUGUCCGUUUCAAUCCGCUGUGGACUAGUAAAUUCAUGUUGGGAGCUGAUAGCAAGCAGGUCGCCAAACAGAUGACCCCAAACAGAUUUGACAGUACGAGUAUAGAAAAAUGUUUUGGAUGCGUUCCAUGACGUUUUUUAAUUUAUUAAAGAAUUUUUAUAUUAGCAAGCAAAAUUGUUAUUUCAGAAUUAAAAAUUGCUUAUAGUGCUUAGGGUAGUAUCAUAAGUUUAAUAGACUGAACAAUAAAUAAUAACAUUUAACAAUUCUAUUAAACAAAAGUUAAAGCACCUAAAAUAGCUUUGACCUCUGCACUAUUUUAAAAUAGGUGUUAUCAGUGAGCAAAAACAAAGAACGAAUGACGCACAAAGAAUUAAUUAUUAGAUGAGCAUUAAGGCUUUCAUCAGAACCUCAAUACCUCCUGACACAACAUGAAAGAAAUAUGUAUUGAGGCCAAGCAACGAAUCAGCAAUUGCAUGCUGGCCAGUAGCAGCGGAAAUGGCUCGCCUGUUUCUACAAGUUGGAGGUCAACUCACCUACAUAACCCGCCAAUGCGAUCAACAAGCGCCUACGACAGUAUGGAACGUCCUUUUCGAUGGGAUAAGAAGCGAGGACGCUGGGCGAACUCUGCUGACUUCUAUUUCGCCUGCACCUGUCAUGCGUUCAGCUCGAUGAUAUUCUCAGAAAUACUUGUUCACGCUUUGAUGUUCGGUGGUUGGAAAUUCCUAUUAUUAUCCUAUUCGCUGGCAAUAGCAUUUUAUGCAUUACCCACAUUUAUAAUUCAAACGUUUUUGGGCCAGUUCUCCACAUCCGGUUCAAUAUCAGCAUUUCGUGUGUCCCCAAUAUUUAAAGGGAUUGGCUAUUCAAUUCUUUUGGUUAACAUAACGACGGUGCCUUACUAUAUCAUCACCAGUGCUGUGCCGUUCGUUUAUGCCGUCCACUCCCUGCACAACACUCUACCGUGGAUGAGUUGUAACAACACUUGGAAUACGGCCAACUGUUCUGUUCACGAUAAAUACAAUGCGGAAGAUGACAUACAGGACCCACAUUCCACCGUUGAAUUCUUUCGCUCUGUGAUUAGCAGCACUAGCAAAGAUGCGAGUGCCAUAACUAUUUCUUGGUCUAUAUUGCUUGGUGCCUUGAUUGUAGGGUUUGUGGCCAUCGCUAUAUUGCUGAAGCAUGUGUCCUUUAUCGGAAAGGUGCUUCGCUGUAUUUGCGUCCUCAUGUUUGGAUUUUUUCUGGCCAUAUUUGCCAAUGUUUUGAUUCAGCAGAAACUGAGUUUGCAUAAUUUCGAAGAGUAUUUGCACCCCAUGUUGGAAAACAGCACUGAGGGUAUCUUUGGAGCAGUUCGAUGUGCCAUGUUAAUGGCCACAUUUGUGUUGGGCCCCGGUUGGGGUAGCGUGAUCACUCUUUCCAGCUACAACAGUUUCCGUACCGAUAGCGAACGCCUUUCCCUAUGGAUAUGCCUGACUCACGUACUGAUUUGUCUAAUGGCUUUGUUGGCUGGAUCGGUGGCUUUUGACCAUUUCGAACUUCAUGUGGGUAUGUUGCAUUGGCAUGUGGAGGAAGAGCACUUUUUGCAAUUUUUGUACCUUUGUUACGCUUACUUUUUUGGUAGUCUUUCAAGUUUGCCCAAUCUGUGGUCUUUCCUCUUCUUUAGUAUUGUAUUCCUAGCCGAGUUCUGUUGUUUGGUCAUUCAAGUAGUGUCGGUGCUAACGGCGCUCUUUGAUGAAUUCGAGCAAUUGCGCUCAAAAAAGGAUUGGAUCACUGUUGGCAUUGGAACGAGUCUCAUUGCUGUCUCCAUUUAUUUUUGUACCCAACAAGGCUUUCGCCACUUGGAUAUUCUGCCAAAUGUGGGACUACUCACACAUAUUUUCCUGUCCGUGGUGCUACUGCUGAUGACCACUUGGGUUUAUGGGCGUGAACGUUUCCAAUCUGAUUUGCAGUUCAUGUUGGGAAAAACGAUCUCAAAUUUUAAAAUAUUUUUAAUUCGCUUUAUAACUCCAGUACUAUUAUUGUUUUUUGUGAUAGAGGUUUUGUACUUUUUUGAAAGAGACGAACUACACCAAGCGCUGCCUUGGAUCAUUCAGUGCAUAGUCUUCUUGAUCGCAAUAAUAUACAUUUUAUAUAAGGUGUGCCAAACCAGCGGAUCCUGGCCAUACCGACUGACGCAACUUUUUGCUCCACACGAUUGGCAUCCAGUUGAUGCUGACAAUCGGCGUUUUUACGAGGAGAUUAUGGGAACCUCCGAAAUGUUGGUCAUCGAUAAUACAAAUUUGUAACUCUCUUAAUUUUGUGUAGAAAUUUCGUGCGUUUCUGACUCUAGGUUUAAUGAUGAGCAGAACGAUCAAAUGAACUCCUAUCUAUUAGAUUGCAAAAUAGCUCUUAGAAAUAUAAAGUCUUGGCAUAAAAACUUUAGCCAAAUAGCGUAAAAACUUCAAGAAGGGAUGUGACAGGAACAGACUUACAAACGAACUUGACUGUAUGGGCUUGCUGUGUCGUUCUAUUCAAAGGAAUGUAUAUACAUACACACAGGCAUAAGAAUAUGCCUAAAAGCAGAAAGUAGAGCUGAAAAAUUAAAAAUUGUUUUAAUACUAAACAAAAAAUCAUUAAGCUGUGAAUAAAAGUGCACAUGUUCCAACUUAGGUUCAGUGCUUGGUGCUACAAAAA